GCUAUCCCCGCUGUCCCGGGUCGGAUGCAAUCUCGCAAAUAAUGUCGCUAUGCUCUGGUCAACGGCGCACACGAUUCAGGCGAAACCGACAAGAGCGCGUCGGCAAAUGUGGGGAUUCUUGCGCCAUCGUCUAAGAUGGUUUCUGGCUGCCUAUUACUCUACAGUCUACACUAGGCUUCUAAGCACCGUUUAGCGGCCCAUGCCAAGUCCGGCCCCAUCAAUGUUCCUUAGGCUUGACGACGUGCUUAAUAUUUCACCCGCCUAUGAAGCUUUUCCACAAUUUGACUGGACGAUGUCUCCAAUUCGCUGUCUUGGAUGGGCAGUGGGACAAUCUUACCUACGGUUGGAAAGGGGCGCACACAUGGGGCCUUGAAAGCGAUGCUCAAAAUCGAUUGGUGAGAGAUAUUGGUCUCGAAAAACGCUCCCCUACUAGAUAUGCUUUCUCUCAGGGCUCGGAUCCGGCAACAAUGGGUCUCAGGACGAUAUCUGGGUCGUGGGGUCGUUCAUCUACCGGAGAUAUGCGCUUCCUCGGUUACUGGAAUUGUCGUGGUCCGUCCAACUGCCAUAGUAUAGCGAUGGUUUCUGGUCCACCUCUUUAUCAUUACUCGCCACGAGGAACCAGGUUCUCAAAAGACGCUAUAGCGGCUAGGGAAAGAUAUGCACCCUUGCUCUGUCCAGUGUCUCGUAGUCCAGACAUCCCCAAUGCUAACAAGCCGUGGGAAACUGGUGCCCACGAAGGUCUGACGCUAGGAGUUAGCUAUCUCUAUGGCUCCAUUCUCCCCAUGUCUGUCUGACUGGACGGCUGAUAAUCGCCUUCACGCGAUUGAUCCGAAGACAAGCCCCG